CUCCGGUCCAACAGGUGGCGCUAAUGCACCGUCUUAUUUGCUCACAAACAUUAGAAGAAGAAGUCCGCUUCCUACCUGAUCCUAUUUGUUUAGUGGAUGUACGAGGCGUAACAUUUAGGAAAGUCUGAUGUGGAAACAAGGCACCAUGACAUAAGACCUGUCCACAGAUAUAGGUGGACCCAGACUACAGCAUUUAGGAGCCAUGCCUGCCCUGGCCUCCGGUGCUGGCCACGAGCCAGGCUUAUAUGAGCUUCUGGAAGCUCUGCCCUCCCAGCUCCAUCCCCAUGUUUGCUGUCCAGAGGACAGCACCUUUCUUCAAAAUAUGUUUGAGAAGAGAAACCUCCACUUACUGGUCAAGAUCUAUGAAAGGCUACAGCAUUUUAAUACAAGCAAACCCGCCCCCAUCGUCGACAGGGUCACAGAUUUGACCCAAGAGGUGUCACAGGAACUGGAAGCGAAGACUGUAGCCUGUGUAGACAUCAAUGAGCUUUUUAAACUACUAGCUAAACCCCAUAUGAAGAGUCUUCUGUCAGUCCAUGACACAGUUGCCCAAAAGAGUUAUGACCCUGAACUACCACUACUGCCAGAAGACAUGGAAGACAAUGAAGAAUCAGUGAAGAUUAUAAGACUGGUUAAAAACAAGGAGCCUUUUGGAGCAACAAUAAGGUGCGACGAACAAACUGGAGCAAUUCUUGUUGCCCGAAUAAUGAGAGGAGGAGCUGCUGACAGAAGUGGACUGAUUCAUGUUGGGGAUGAACUAAAGGAAGUCAAUGGAAUUCUUGUGGAUAACAAGAAACCAGAGGAAAUAAUCAAUAUUUUGGCUCGGUCAGAAGGAGCGAUUACCUUCAAAGUUAUACCUGGAAUCAAAGAGGAUACACCAUCCAAUGAACCAAAGGUAUUUGUAAAGGCACUUUUUGAUUAUGAUCCCAUGGAGGACAAAGCCAUACCGUGCAAAGAGGCUGGACUAGCCUUCAAGAAGGGCUCCAUUCUUCAAAUCUUGAGUAAACAUGAUACAACUUGGUGGCAGGCCAAACUUGAGGGUAAUGCCAACCCUUGUGCUGGUCUAAUCCCAUCUAAACAUUUUCAAGAGAGGAGAUUUGCAUUGCAAAGACCUGUUGCAACUCAGCCCAUAACGAGGACCUCUAGCAGACGAUCAAGUCGAACAGAUGGAUUCAGGAGAAGCUUCCGUCUUAGUAGGAAGGACAGGAAAACCAACAAAUCCAUGUAUGAGUGCAAAAAAAGUGAAAUGUACGACACAGCUGAUGUAAUCACGUACGAGGAGGUCACCACAUACUGCAGGCCGAGUAGAGCUAAACACAGGCUGGUGGUUUUAGUAGGACCCACAGGUGUCGGCUUGAAUGAGCUUAGAAGGAAACUGUUGAUAUCUGAUCCUCAUCACUUCAGUAUGACCAUCCCACACACCAGUCGGGCUAAGAGGAACCAGGAGAGUGACGGGGUGGAGUACCACUUUAUCUCCAAGCAUCUAUUUGAGGCGGAUAUCCACAACAACAAGUUCAUAGAAUACGGCGAGUACAAAGGCAAUUACUAUGGGACAAGUGUGGACUCAAUACGCUCAAUUCUCUCCAAGAACAAAGUCUGUAUUUUGAAUGUCCAACCUCAUACAAUAAAGCAGCUGCGGACAGCAGAGUUCAAACCCUUUAUCGUGUUUGUGAAGCCUCCGACAAUUGAGAGAUUGAGAGAGACCAGGAAAAAUGCAAAAAUUAUAUCUGGCAAGGAUGAAAGUGGAUCUGCCAAACCAUUCACGGAGGAAGACUUUCAUGAGAUGAUAAACACUGCCCAGAUAAUGGAGACGCAGUAUGGUCAUCUUUUUGAAAAGGUAAUAGUAAAUGAUGACAUCUCCACAGCCUUCAGCGAGCUGCGGUUGGCGCUACAGAAGGUGGAGAAUGAAACUCACUGGGUUCCAGUCUCCUGGACUCACUCCUGAAAACCUCAUUGAACUUAGUAAAUGAAAACAUUGGUUAAAACAAUGCCAAUUUUUAAAUCUUCUUUUUAACUCUAGUGUUUGGCGUGGCUUGCAAAAGCAAUGCAGGCAGUAACAGACUACUGUGGGGCUCUGUCUUGUGCACAGAGCUGAAAAUGUUUUUUUUUAUGUUGGUUUGUUUGAUCCUGGUUGGAAAUACACCUCAACUACAGUCUGGAUUACAGCCUCAGACAUGGUUGAGGCAAAGGGUACUCAUUCAGAGCACGAAACUGUCCUUUGAUUUGGGUCAAAUAAGUUACAUUUGUUGGGUUUAGCUGUGUGAGGUCAUAAAAUUCAUAAGCAUGGAUCUAAAAUGUGAAAGUUGUCUGGACCAUCACAGUGCUGGUGCUGGUGCUGCCACCCCAAACAGCAAUCCUUGCCAGCUCACUAUCAACCUGGAGGCCUUGUAUACAGUGGCAUAUUUAAAUAUUAAAUAAUUCCAGUAGAAACCAAAGAAAUGUGCAUUUCUAUUGGACAAUUCAAAUGCACGUUUUAAUAGUACACAAGUAGAGAGAGAACAAAGAUGUGCCUUCACUUACUGCAUUUCUGUACUUCUAAAAGGUUAUCAUUUUUGUUUCAAGAAAAGCCAGGUCAGGUACACCUCAUCAUUUCUAACUUAAUGUGUUUGCAUCUGUUUUAUACACCUAUUGUUUGUUAGAGAACAAUGAUCUGUAGCUCUGUCACUGACAGCUUUUUUUACUAAAGGCUUUCUUUAAGCGUUUCACAUGUGUUGAUUUGAUUGCACUAGUAUAAUUUUCUAAACUACUUUUUCUAGGUGAUAAAAACCUAGUUUAGGAGCAUUUUGAGAAGCUUAUUAAGUUGUGCAAUUUUUUAAUCACUGUAAGACUAUAAUACUGAUAAAUACUGGUAAAAAUGUUUACAUGCUACAAUGUAAAGCGAAAUGUAAAAGGGAAAGUGUGUUCUGUUCUGUAUUAGGACACAUUGCUGUACAUCAAAGGGCUGUUUAACAUACUACUCCAAGGCUUUUUUAACAAUUUUAGUAGUGUAAGUGGCCCCAGUCCUGUUUGUUUACCUGCUCACUGUUGAACUUAAUCAAGUUGUGCAGUGUCAAAUAAUUAAAAUUCAGGUUGUAUAAAUAAAAACUAUUCUUGAUUA